AUGUAUAUUUUUGUUCGCCUUGGAUAACGCGACAUUAAGUAAAUACAAAAAUAUUAUUGUAUAUUUUCAGUCUGAACUGAUGUGCAUUGCAUAAGAAUAUCACUGUGAAUAUUUAAUAAACGUUAAUUCUCGUAUAUUAUGUGCUAAUAUUGCUACAAUGAGACGAGGUCAUCCAGGCAUUGGUGGAUGGCGGAAUGAAAAUACAAGGCAUUUCAGACCCAGAAGCGGCGGGACACCGCAUUAUAGGCCCCCUGCGACUUAUGGCCUACUAGAUUUGCCUAGGUUCCCACCACCCACGCCCAGACCACAUAGAUCUGUUACACCUUUUAGCAUUCAACCUGGAUCAUUAAAUAACCAAUAUAGAUAUGAUAUUCAUAAGAGAAAUAAAUAUAAAGAUAAUCGUCAAAAUAAUCAAAGGGAUAAUGUUCAACUUGAUCAAAGGUCUAACCACCCUCAUCAUCAACAACAUAUGAGACACAAUGAUAGCUCAACCCUUUCAACACCUUAUGAAUUUAAUAAUCUCUAUGAGAAUCAACCAAUUAAUAACUAUGUUAAUAAUAGGGGAGAUGUAGACCACAGACAAUAUGGAAUUAACCAUACUUGUCAAGAUCCUUAUAAACAGAACAGAGUUUUCCCUUGGACUAACCCUUCUAAUAACAUCAAUGUGAAUUAUGAUGAUAACAGAGGUCAAUAUAACAAUAGACAAUUGGUAAGGCAGGAAAGUAUUGAUGGAAAUAAGUUACCUUUGUCAGAAUAUACAGGCCAUAGACCACCAGCUUCAGACCAUUAUGAUGGAAAACCUAGUUCUGAUAUAGAUAACUCAAACAGUUUUAGCCAUUCUGUUGAUGACACUAUAGACAUUGUAAGGAAACGACUCAUGAAUCGUAAUGAACCUCAUCAAGAAAAUCCAAUAAAACCAAAUAACCAGACACCUCAAAGUACACAGCUUGGAGAUAAUACCACUCUUGAUUAUCAUACUGAACAAGAUCCACCUGCAAAGAAAAGAAUACAAAGGCAACGAUCAACAGAUUCUAGGAAAUGUGAAAAAAUAAAAGAUAAAAUUGUUCAUCAACUUUUUAAAAUGGAUAAAGAUAGAAUACAUAAACUAAUGGAUGACCCAAGUUCAUCAACAAAAUUUGAAUAUGCUAUAAGCAGCCUAAUAACUGAAUCACAGAUCAGUUUAAAUCGCCACAUGAGGUCUGUUGCUGAACAGUCACUUUGUAGUUCCAGUGAUUUCAUUAACAAUGACACUGUAUAUGAAGACACUUUCAUGAAACAGAUGCAAUGUAUAUUAGAGCCUCAAGACACAAUUUUUCUUGAAGAUAUUAAGCCAUUAGUAAUGGCAGAGUUAAGUAAAGUACUUCAAUUAGAUAACGAAGAUCAGAGAUUUGAUAUUUCGGCAGAUCAAGGCAAUUAUCCAUCUCAGGAUUUCAAUCCAAAUUGUGAACAAUAUUAUAAUAAUUCACUUACAUAUGAUAACAUGUAUCAGGAUAAUAAUUAUGAAAAGAGAAAUCAACAGUCUACUUUCGAUAAGUUGCCAGAUACAAAAAUUAAGAUUGACACAGAUACCAGCAAUGACUACAAUCAAAUUAGAGCUAAUUCAUCCAACCCUCUUUUCGAAAGAAGACGUCACAGAAGGAGUAAUGACCAUGAGAAAAAUAAAUUAAAUAUUGUUAAUCAAAGGUCAUCUAGAAGAAGUAUGGAUGAAAAAGGGUCUAAUGAAAAUAUCCUAACUAAUGAUGCACCUGUACCAAAUAAUACUAGAAGAAGUAUUGACAGCAAGCCAUGUAAUGACAAUCAUAUUAAAAGUGAAUUUCCAAUUUUUCAAACAAACACUGAACUAUUUUCAGGUGAUGAUGAUACAUUUGCUGAAUUAGAUCAACAGUAUCAUGUUGCUGUUGAUCCAAAUUUUAUUGAAAGUUAUGAUAACCUAAGUCCGCCUCGAUCACAUGAGCCUAAUGUGUCAUCUGAAAUUAACUGUCAAACUCCAGACAAAAGUAUAAAAGAAAAAAUUGAUAGUCCGUCACAAAGUAUUGAAAGUACACCAAUAAAACAACCAUCCUGUAUAAAGAAGGAUUUUAAGACAGAAUGUCAAAUUAAAAAAGAGAUAAUGACUACACCUAUUAAAACCACUGAUACCAAUGAAAAUAUAGCAGUACAAAAUGAUAAUUUAAAACAAGAACAUACACCGCAACAAAAAAAAUUGGAAGGGGAACUUGGAAAAUCAGAAAACACAGGUACAUUGAUUAAAUCAUCUACUCCAACAACAUCAAGGAAAAGAUCAUUGGAUCAGAAACCUUCUCAUCGUAAAGAAAAACGUAAAAAAAGUGAUUCCAGUCUCCUUGAUGCCAACAAACAGAUUUUGAAUAAAAACAUAAUCAUAAAUGUAAAUGAUUGUGCUGCUAAGAAAACAGAAAAAUGUAAAGAAGCCAAGUCUAUUUUUAAUUUAUUUUUCUCUAAAGAUGAACACAAUAAAGAGUCAUUAAAGGAAUCUAAAAAAUCUGAAUCCAUAGAUAAACAUUAUUCUGAUAAAUAUGUAAAAAGAAAGGAAGAGCCUAAAACGUCAAAAUCAAUACAAAAUGAAAAUAAGAAAAAACAUCAUACUAAUUCAUCCAACUCUUCUAACAUAAGUCCAAAAUCAGUUACUGAUACAACAAAUACCAAACACACAAGCCAAACCACAAAAUCUGAUUCUAAGGUUAAAUUAAAACAUAUUGAUAUGUUUGUUGAACAACCACGAAAAAUUAGUGUACACCAAGCACAUAGAAAUACAACUACAUUACCACCUACAACUGUACCUGAAAAAUCUAUAGAGACAAAUAAAAUAAAAGUUCAUACAAAUAAUAAAGUUACAAAAUCUGCAUCUGCAAAAGCACAUGGAUUAAAAAAACUAGUCUCAAAAGAGACGCAAACUGUUGUUAGUAAAGCUUGCACUACCAGGUUUUGUCAAACAGAAAGAAAGAAAACGUUUGCAAAAGCAAUACAAACUGAGCCUGUUAUUUUUGAUAAAUCCAGACCCAAAGCAACUGAUGCUUUUGAAAGAAUGAAGGAAAUUGAUUUAGAAAUACAAGUUUUGUUACAAGAAAAGUUCAAGUUAUAUAACUCAUUGGAAUCUAGAGAUCCAUCACAGAAUGUUAUGCAGACACUAGGUAUGACUGUCGUAAACAUGAGUCCUUCGGAAGAAGACAAAGAUACUGACGCACAUGACAAUGCUAGUCUUUCUGAGGACACCAUUGUCGAUGAUUUUACUAACAUACCAGUAGAGGAGUUAGAACAAAUUGCCUUAGAAUCUGUUCGGGUAGCUCAGAUUGAACCAAUAAAAGUUGGGAAAAGAAGUCGACGUCAAAAAAAAUUAGCACCAGAUAUAAUAUCAACAAGUAAUAAGAGGUAUGUCAAAAAAAUAAAAACACCAAACAUAUCAUUGAUAGAACAGAUUAUCACAGAUGAUAGACCUUUGGAAGAUAUAAUAUCAUUGGAUGACUUAGAGAGUGUACCUUCCAAGUCUAGAAAAAAAACAUUAAAACAAAGAAAUUGCAAUGUGCCUAAGAAAAAAGUGACAAAAAAAGUUGGAACUUCAAAAUCAGCAUGCAAUACUCAAUUGAAGUUAAAAGAAUGUUCUGUGGUCUUAGUUAAUGUUGAUGUUAGUAAGUAUUUAAGUAAUAUGAUAGAAGAACCUAACCAUAAUGGAGAGUUAGUGCAUAAGGUGGAUCUCUCUGAUGUUGAAUCCAUUGUUGUAAAAGAUGAGGUGAAGAUUGAGGUUGACAAUAAAGAAAAAACCAAUAUUAUUGAAGAUAUUAAUGACGACUUACACUUUGAUAUGUUGGAUGUGUCAGAAGAUAUAGUCAUUGGCGAUAAUUGUGAAUUCAAGUCAACUGAGGGUAAAGAUACAACUAACAGGAUAGUUGACGCAAUAAAUGAAGAGAUAAUACUGGACAACAGUCAGUCCUCAAUGGAAGAAGCUACUAACCCCGAUGGUGCACAGGAAGAGAAUGAAUGCAAAAUGUAUGAUUACUCUACAGAUGAGAAUUUGCAACGUGACUCUUUACUAGUUACUGGAAAUGCAGAUGCCAUAUUGGCAAUAGAAUGCAUCGACAAAAACUUUUUGGCAGCUGGACUGGAUGGCAAUGUGUACUACUUCGGUGGUGAUGGACAGCUCAUCUCCACACUACGAGGGUCCAAUUUAGCAGUCACGUGUCUCACGAUUGUCAAAGAUAAAUAUGAGACCACAGUAUAUACUGGAUCGUUGGAUUCUAGAAUACGUUAUUAUGAUUUGGAGACUGGUCUAGAGAAGGGACCGGAAUGUAAUGUACUUAGUCCUAUACAAACAAUGGACAGAGCGUGGGACACUAUAUUCGUUGGGACAAGAACAGGAUUUGUUCUACAAUUUGAGUGUAAGAACAAUAUGUUGAUACCAGUGAGUACAGUGAAAUUCUCAGAGCAAUCGAUUCUCGCAUUGAGGGCGAUGAAGGAAGGCCCCCGGAAGGUACUGUUAGUGGCGGCUCGGUCUGAAGACGUAACGAUAAAAGAUGCACAGACUGGACUACUGCUGCGUACUCUGGUUGGACCCAAGAUGACAGUGUACACACUGCUUUAUGAAGAUGGAAAAGUUUACUGUGGAACGAGCAGUCAUCAGAUACAUGUGUUUGAUUAUGCUAGUGGAACACACGCGAGCGUCCACGAAGGUGGUAAGGGCGCGGUCUGUCUGCGCGCGAGCGGCGGGCUACUGUUCGCGGGGUGCUACGACGGUUGCGUGUAUGUUUAUCGCGAGGGCGAACCACAGCCCCUCGCACAACUCCGCGGACCCAGCCUUAUGCUGCUCUCUCUGGCGGUCGUCGAUACCAAGAUCAUCGCUGGAUACAAAGACAGAAGUUUGUACAUAUGGAAAAUUCCACUCAGCAUCGUGCAAGAAAUGAUUUUAUAAAUGUCUACCUUUUUUGUAGAUUAAAUCUCACCAUAUAUUAACUACUAAUAAUAUAAACCCACUUAUUUUUUAGUUUUUAUUAUGUACAUAAUAAAAUAUUUUAGAUGUUG